AUGUUGUGUUUGGGCGAGGAAGGAGUGGUGUUGAAAGAUAUUGAUCAUGCCUAUAUCUUGGACAGUUUUGUCUUUAUUUCAGUCGGAUAUGUUGGCAACAAAUCAGCUGUUUUUCCUCUACAAUUACUUGGCUAUGACGUGGACCCCAUCAAUUCUGUACAGUUCUCGAACCACACAGGCAAGCUGCUUAUACCACUUCAUUCAAACAGUCUGACGCCUGAAACACGGUGCGAGGGCCAGGUUUUGAACGGAGACCAACUUUGGGAUUUAAUAGAGGGUCUUGAGGCCAAUGAUCUGUUAUUCUAUACUCAUCUUCUGACAGGUUAUAUUGGUUCUGUCUCCUUCUUGAACACUGUACUAAAAGUCGUCGACAAGCUUAGGUCUAUCAACCCCAAACUUACAUAUGUCUGUGAUCCAGUGUUGGGCGAUGAAGGAAAGCUUUAUGUACCUCAAGAAAUGGUUUCAGUAUUUCGUGAGAAGGUUGUCCCUGUUGCUUCGAUGUUAACUCCUAAUCAGUUUGAGGCUGAACAGUUAACUGGGUUAAGGAUCACAUCUGAACAAGAUGGUCGGGAAGCUUGCAACAUUCUUCAUGCUGCUGGACCAUCAAAGGUUGUGAUUACGAGCAUAAACAUUGAUGGCAAUCUUCUUCUGAUUGGCAGUCAUCAGAAAGUGAAGGGUCAACCUCUGCAGUUCAAGAUUUUGAUUCCCAAAAUUCCUGCCUAUUUCACGGGAACUGGAGAUCUUACAACUGCACUGUUGCUCGGAUGGAGCAAUAAAUAUCCUGAAAACCUAGACAAAGCAGCAGAGCUGUCUGUAUCAAGUUUGCAGGCGCUUCUGGCGAGGACAGUAAAUGACUAUACAGAGGCUGGGCACGAUUGCCAAUCGAGCAGUUUGGAGAUUCGAUUGGUUCAAAGUCAAGACGAUAUUCGCAACCCAGAAAUCAAAUACAAGGCCGAGAAGUAUGACUAA